CUUUGAUAUCUCCUUUCCACCAGUUACCACCACAAUAAUCACCAAGUCAAUGGUACAUUUGUAUUCAUUGUCAUUGUCAUUAUCUACUUUACACACUAAACACUACAUACACCACCCACUCCACUAAUCACUUCUCUUUAGCAGACACCCCAAUUCCGACCGACCGCGGAACCUGCCGCGGAACUGCCGAGCAUCUUCAUCCACAAUAAAACCCUGCCAAUAAACUCGUAAGCGAACUGCUAUUUUGGCGACAGCGAACAGCGCGCACCGACCAUCCGCACCUUCUUUGUCGCCUCCGCCAAGUCAGUUAGUUAGUCGGAAAGGAAAGGGAAGGGCGAGGACCCCACAUCCUCGGUUUUUCUUCUCUUCUUCUCUUCCUCUAUUCUUUUCAUCUCUGGUUCUAAGAGCCAUGCUGCGCUGAUACACAUGCCUCCCCCUGAUCCGCACCCGUCCGCCGCCGCGUCCCUGUCCGCUAUCGACCUGGCGGCCGCCGACGACGACGCGGGCGCGCCUCUCCCGCUCACCACCAUCGUCAAACCCGAGCCCGCGGAAGAAAUCGAAGACCAGGGCGCCGCCUCCGUCAACAGGCUCAUCGUCGACGACCGCGAAGCCCGGCCGCCCGUCUUCCGCUCUCUGUUUUCAGAGUGCGUGUUCGCGCUCACCCUCAGCUUCGUGCCGAUGAUGAACGCAGGCAACCAGGGCGCGCUGCAACUCGCGCUGCCCCACGUCGCCAUGACGUUCAACAUCGACGGCUCGCAGCUGUCGUGGACAAUCACGUCCUACUCCCUCGUCGCGGGAUCCAUGCUGCUUCUCAUGGCGCGGCUCGCAGACAUCCUCGGCCGCAAGCGCACGCUCGUCAUCGCUGUCGGAUGGUACACCGUGCUCUCGCUCAUCAUGGGCUUCGUCAAGUCCCACAUCCCAUUCGACGUCCUGCGCGGCCUGCAAGCGAUCGGCGGCGCGGCCGCCCCUCCUGCAGCAGUAGGCAUCAUCGGCGUGCUGUACCCGCCCAGCAAGCGCAAGAACAGGGUGAUGGCGACCUACGCGGCCGGCGCGCCGGUAGGUUAUGUCUUUGGCGUGAUUGCGUCUGGUAUAUCGACGCAGUACCUCGGCUGGCGCGCUGUUCUAUUCUUCUUUGCGAUUCUCUACGCGAUCGUCGGCACGCUCAUAGUUCUGCUCGUCCCGUCGGAUAAGAUGCUCUACGAGCUCUCGAAUCAAAUCGUAAAGGCCGCGGGCGGCACGAACUUUGUCGCCGUCGAGCGCGACUGGCGGACGUGUUUGAAGCUGUUAAGGAAGCUUGAUCUCGCGGGCGCGGGGCUGUCGAUCGCGGGGCUGACGUGUAUUGUCUUUGCGCUGUCGGAGUCGAGCGCGGCGUCGAACGGGUGGGCGACGCCGUAUAUUAUCGUGCUGCUGAUCGUCGGCGUCUUGAUCUGUGUUGUGUUUGUGUAUUGGGAGAAUUUUGUGGACGAGCCGCUUAUGCCGAUGUAUAUCUGGAAGUUUCCCGGGUUUGCUUUGUGCAUGGCGGCGGUUACAUGUGGAUGGCUUGUGUUCCAAGGCGUGCUGAUGUACUACUCCUCCCUCUUCUUCCAAAACAUCCUCGGCUACAGCGCGAUCCGCACCACGGCCGCGAUGCUCCCGCAGGCAGUGAUGGGCAUCCUCGUCAACCUCUUCAUCGCGACGAACCUGCACCGCGUCCCCGGCCGGUACCUGAUGCAAAUCUCGAUGGUCUCGUUCCUGACCGCCUCGCUGCUGUGGGCCCUGCGCCCGAUCCACAUCACGUACUGGGCCAUGACUUUUCCCGCGCUGUGCAUCGUCAUGAUCGGCGCCGACGUGGCCUUCAACGUCGUCAACCACGUCACGCUCGCGAGCGUGCCGCCGCAGCUAAAGUCGACCGCGGCAGGCACUUUCCAGGUCAUCGUCCAGCUCGCGAGCUCGAUCGGCGUGGGGGUCUCGACCGCGAUCGUGACCUCGCAGAUCGGCAACGACAUUGACAAUCAGGCGCCCGAGGUGCUGCUGCGGGGCUAUCGGUGCGCGUUUUACUUUGCGGUCGGGUGCAGUGCGCUCGGGCUCGUGCUGUCGGUGUUUAUCAAGAUUGGCACGCAGGGCGACGAGGCGUCGGCGGAUCAGGAGAAGAUCGCGGUGUUGAUGGCGGAGCAGCAGAUGAAGAGUAGCAGGAAGAAAGCAAAGAGGGGUGGGGAGGAUGUGGCGGGGGAGAGUGCAGAGGUUGAGAAGACUGCGGGGCAGGUUGAGGCCGCGUCUGUUUCUGCGCCGGGUGGAGAUCAAGAUGAAGAGCAUAGGAGGGAUUCAUGAGGCAUUUGGAAUUCUAGAGGUUUUUAUUUUAGUUAUGGCGUAUUGCAUUUAGACUGUGUUUUGCUGA